AUGUCUCAGCUCCCCGGAUUUGCGACGACAGCACUCGACGCCAGGGUGCACCGGGAGGAGACCCUGACUCUAGCCCGGAGAGCAACACACCGAGACAAUGCGAGGACAGCCGCUCCAGCAACACCCAACAGUGCCCCUCUCAAUGCGGGCCGGCGGCGAGUGGUCCUCCCAGACCCGAUUGCUUUCAAGUUCCUAGAAGGCGAUCCCUCGGUUGCCGUUGUCGAGCGCAGACACGUCCUCCCGGGCUACGAGCUGUACCUGGUCGAGCAGUGGGCAUGCUCGCGCCAGUCGCCCACGCUGGUCAUCGCGACCUACACGGGUGAUCCGAAGCACUCAGUUGUCGUUGGCGUUCUGGAGGUGCCUGCCGACGAGGAGGACUGGUCGCCGAGGCUGAGAGUCUACUUCAAAGCCAUACACCAAUACCAUGCGCGGCCAAAGGAGACGGAGCUCGGAGAGCUCAUGGUCACCAACCUCAGCAGCUUCCCCUCGGCGCUGACUGUGAUAGCCGUUCCCGAGGGCGACAUACGGAAGCAUCGCCAAGUGUUCAUCGUCAAUGAGAACUUGAAGCGCUUGGGCUGCGCUGGGCGGUCCGGCUUGACCCUCACCGAGCCGACCUCGGCUACGCAGGCAAAGUUCAUGCAGAUGUACAAGACCAGCGACAGGAUACCCUUCGUGCAGGCCGUGCUGGAGCUCGUCAAGCUGUGCCAGGUGGCCCUCUUCAUCUUUGGCAUGCUCGAGGAGGAGUACAUUGACGGUCUGCUCUGCGACGUGACCGAAAAAGCGAUCAAUGACUGGUGGACCGAGAUCGGAUCAGAAUACUUCAACAUUGAGCCGACAGACGGCAUCCUAGGGCCGACCACUGUGGCCGCCCUGCUCGGUACCCUGCUAGGAUCAAGGAACCGCCUCAGCUACUACGGCGCUCCCGUGUCCAAGGAUGCAUUCGAUGUCGAAAGCAUGAAAAAGGGCAUCGGCACGUUUCAGAAGGCCAUGAGGCUGGAGCGGACACGGCGCCUCGACCGGCAGACCCUACUCAAACUGCACAUCCUAACUGCCAAGGCGGCGGCGAGAGAAGGCGGUUGGGGUGUGCAAAAGGCAGUCAAGUCCACGGUCGCGGAAAUCGGCGGGAAACGGGGCGAGCUUGUCAUAGGCAUGGUGGGCGGCCGCGACAAGGCGAACAUCGGAGACAUCGAGACGCUUGAUCUGGCAAAGUUCAUCGGUUUGGCAUAUGGCGAGAGGCCGAAAUGGCUCUGGCACGGAAAACCGAGGAGGACGCUCCAAGAGAGCGAACAGGACCAUCCCAUGUCAGGGUUUGGGAAGGAGCUUAGAGACGAAAUAGGGCCACAGUUGGGAGGCAGGCGGACACAGUCAGCGCCGGUAGAGGACGAGCUCGAGGUGAAGAAGAGGGAAGAGUCACCCGGAAUCCUCUCACCUCCGCAAGCGUCCCAUUCGCUUCCUAUCGCAGGCGAGACUCCCAGCGGCGACCGAGACGCGUUGCGGAAGACUGUCUUCAAGAGCGUCGCGGGCAAGGUAAGCGACGCCCGGUCAGGGCUGGGACGUAUUCGAGACGCCGUGGGAGGCGGCUUGAGAGGGCACGUCAGCCGGCCAUCCAAGGACGAGAUCCCGGACACGGCAAUGAGCGGGUACUCGAGCUCCAGUAUCGCGAUGCUGGCGCAUUCAUCGACCUUUGUGACGAGCCCGGUUGCUGUUGGUAAGGCGUUUACCUGGAAGAUCAAUCCGGAUGAGUAUAUUGCCUCACUUACAGGCAGGGAAGCCGUCGAGUCGGCACCUGCGAUACCUAACGCGGACACCAAUGGGGCUGAUGAGCAGUCGGCGGCAGCCACACAUGAUGCUCGGCCGCCUCAGGAGCAGCUUGACAAAAUCGAAGAGAAGGAACAGUUAGAAUCCAGGCUUCCUGAAGUGGCCAAGGAGGUUCGCAGCAUCAACAUCUCAGUCGCAGGAUCUGUGGUGGCCGAUGGAGACCUCGAAGGGCGAGUGCUGGCCCUGGAACGGAGCUCAGACGGGCCCCUCCUAUCAUUGCAGCGCCGUCACAGCUACGACUGCGUCGCCUCCAUCCACCAGCAGCCCAACGAAGCCCGCUACCCGCGGCGGCUAUCCUUCAGCGCGGCCGAAGACGCCAUCCUUUGCUGGGAAGAAUUUAUCAACCUCGCUGACACCGCCUCACCGACAGGUGCCGCCAGCAACAACGACGUGCCAGACCUCCACGCCCAAGCUGAACUGUCAUACAGCCUGUACACGCGCCUGCAGCUGCUCCAACGCGACCUCGCGCCCUGGGUAUCCAAACAGGUCGCGUCCGUGACCGCCUUGGACCAGAUCCUCGACUCGCAGCAGGGCGAGCUCCAGCAGCUGCUCCACGAUGCGGACGAGCGGUACCAGCGGGCGCGGCACGGCGCGGGGGAGGUGGUGGCCGAGGAGCGGGCGCGGCUGGCCGAGGCGGUGAAAGAUGUUGAGAUGCUGGCCGCCAAGCUCGAGUACGAAAUUGGGGCGCUCGUUUCGCGGGUGGCCGAGGUCGAGGACGGGGUCGCGCAGUUUGGGCGCCAGGUCGAGGAUGUGGAGAGACGGGCGGAGGAGUUGAGGGUCGUGCUAGAGACGGAGAGCUGGGUGCAUUGGUUUGUGAGAACGGUUACGGGGAUUGGAACGGGGCCGAAUAUAACUAGGGAGGUGUAG